AUGUCUACCACCGACACUCCCAGGGACCCGUCACCUCCAGCAAAUGAGGACUCAAGAACUCCAACGCAGCAAGAAGCCAGGAAGCGGCCCCGACUGAACCUCAAUGCAGAUAGUGGAAGAGAACGAAAACGCGGUAAAAGCAUGUUUGGUAUCUUGCUUGGAACCCUAAACAAGGCCAAGAUCGAGGAUAAAGAGCGCAACGCGAGCGAAGCCGCUAAGAAGCGGCAAUUGAUAGAAAAGAGAUUGCAAAGUAAACUUCAAAAGGAAACCGAUUCUGUUAGGAGAGCCGAAGAGGCGAAGAAAGACAAGACCUCCGCGACGAGGAAAGAAGAAGAGCUGCAACUGAAAGAUUCUGUGUUCAAACUUCGCAGGAAGAGACUGCCACUUUUAGCCAAUUUUUUGCUCACUUCGGACGUCAUUUCAGCGGAUGCCUCUCUAUCAUCCAACCCCCUUGCCCCUCCUCCGCGUACUCAUCCGCCGCCACUCUAUUAUCUCCCUGCUAUUCUGACUCCGGAACAAGAAGCCUUCCUUGCGCGCCGUAGAUCAGAGGUUUCGGCCGCGGCAGAGAAAGAAUGGCAGGAGUGGAAAACGCAGCGGGAAGAAGGCGUGGAAGAGCUCAAGCAAAUGCGGCAACGCGUUGCAAAGGAGAUCGAUCGAACAAAGGACAAGGACGAGGAGAUGGCUGCUGUCGAUGAUGACGAGAAGAAGGCCGGCGAGAACUUGCAGGAAACAGCUCCCACUGAGCCAAUCAAAAGCCUCGCGGAGGACGUCGAAAUGGAGGUCGAUGAUAGCAUAACUGAUGUAAAGUCAGGCAACCAAACCGAGCAACCGAAGAAAGACGAAUCUGUGACGAUGCAAGGGGACGAUGAUGAUGCUGUGGAAUAUUGA